AUGAGGUGUUGCACUAAGAAUGCAGUGAACGCAGAAAGCCCCAAGAAGGUAAUCGUUGUCGAAACGGAGGAUGACACUCGCGAAGAAGAAAACCCGUACGAAGACCUCCCCACGGUCACUGUCACGCUGAGCGACGGCUCAGUGUAUACGGGCACCACGAAGGAUAAUCGUGUGCACGGAAGGGGGAUAUUGAAGUACGCAAAUGGAGACCAAUACGAGGGAGAAUUUGUAGACGGAAAAAAAGAAGGAAAGGGAAAAUGGACAGACAGGGAAAAUAAUACAUAUGAAGGAGAUUGGGUAAAAGAUAAAAAACAUGGACAUGGAGUAUACAAAACAGUAGAAGGAUUUAUUUUUGAGGGUGAGUUCGCAAAUAAUAAAAGGGAAGGAAAAGGAACUAUUAUCACUCCAGAAAAAACGAAAUAUGUUUGCUCAUUUAAGGAUGAUGAGGAGGUAGGAGAAGUCGAGUUUUUUUUUGCAAAUGGUGAUCAUGCCCUUGGAUAUAUUAAAGAUGGUUAUUUAUGCCAAAAUGGAAGGUAUGAAUUUAAAAAUGGAGAUGUAUAUGUCGGCAAUUUUGAAAAGGGAUUGUUUCACGGAGAAGGCUACUACAAGUGGAAUAACGAUGCCAAUUAUGCAAUAUAUGAAGGGAAUUAUUCUGGAGGAAAGAAGCAUGGGAAAGGUCAGCUCAUAAAUAAAGAUGGACGGAUACUAUGUGGUGUGUUCAGGGAUAAUAAUAUGGACGGAGAAUUUUUAGAAAUUAGUCCUCAAGGGAAUCAAACGAAAGUGCUGUAUGACAAAGGCUUCUUUGUUAAAGUCUUGGACCAUAUUGAAGAAAAUUUAAAUGUGCAAGAAUUCCUCAAGGAUUCCAUCAUUCACACAACUAUCUUUUCCAACCCGGAUAUGUACAAGAAGUUGUAUGAGAUAACGGAAAAGAAGAAGCCCCAUUUUCGCAUUAACUUAAAGAAGGCACAGGCAACGAGUUCAGCGACUCUGGUGUAG